UACCAAGAAGUAAGUAAGUUUUUUCAAAGUUAUGCAACUAUAAUGAAAGCUACAGGGCCAGUCGAGAGGGACCCAUUCGAAGGCCUCGAAGGAGGAUGGUGGAGUAAAGGAGAGGUGAUGAGGAACAAAGAACGCAGAGAAUUGGCGAAUACUGGUAAAACAAUUGCUGGAGGAGAUUGGUCACAACGACCAGAGACACCGAAACAGAGGCCAUCUAGAUGGAUGGUAAGUCUUGAACUUACGAACGAUGAUUUUGACAACGUGCCGGCGGCUGGAUACAGUGGACACAUGCCAGGUCUACGACAGCUUGGAAUCGGGAAAUCGUUCAAUGCAGCAGCUAGGGAGGCGAAGCGGGAUUAUUCUAUUCGAAGACGGGCUAAUAGUGGAGGCAGAGGUAAGGUUACUAGGGGUCAGGGUAGCCAGCGCUACAUAAUUGGCUGCUGCUUACAAUCCACCAAUCACGACCCGAAACAUCGCUUUACAGGCUAG